AGAUCACAGAUUUCCCUGUGAUAUAUGUGGAUAUGUGCCAGUCAUCGGACAUCAAGUGUGGAAGUAGACACUUUCUCGCCACGCGAUAUUCGACACACGAGUAAAAAUUUCAGCGGUGAAUCGACGCGCUGCAACUCUCAAGCUUCCUUUACUGUUGGCAACGUGUCUGGGCAUCAACAUAUGUGUCCCUUUCUGGGAUAACUCCACAAAACCUGACGUGCCAGUCUUUGUAUAAAGCACCAUGUUAACGGGUGGGACGUUGGUCGCAUUGUGAUGAUUUACACUGCAUGGAAGCCUAAAUAAGAUAAGAUCUUGAAACAUGAAGCCUGUAGCUCUGGGAGAUGUUCAGGAACUUACCAAAAAAAUUGAAGCUGUUUCUGAUCAGAUCAAGUACAUGACGAUUAAUGAAAAGACAAUCAGAAGAUAUUUGAGGGCUUUCCAGAGUGUUGAUGCAGCUUACCAGAGAAUACUAGAAACAGAUGCUUGGCGAGGGAAGUCUGAUGUUGCAAGCAUCACUGCAGAAUCCCCAAGCAUUAAAAGGGUAGAUAAAACAAAAAUUGCUGUGAUCUUAAAUGAACGAGACAAGAAGAAGCGACCAGUGAUCUAUGUUGCUGUCCGAAAUCACAGCAUUUACAACCGUGAUAUUAAUGACAUGACUCAGUACAUUGUGUACAUCCUUGAGGAAGCUUGUAAGAAAUGCAUCGAGGAGGAAAUGGAUAACUUGUGCAUUUUGUUUGACAUGAAGAAUUUCAGUCUUUCCUGCAUGGAUUACCCAAUGCUUAAGACUCUAUUUGAAAUUAUGACAGACCACUACCCUGAAAGGCUGGGUGUUUGCUUAAUUCUGAAUGCACCUUUCAUCUUCUCUACCUGUUGGCCUAUUAUCCGUGCCUGGCUAGAUGACAAUACAGCCAGCAAGAUACAAUUCAUUAAGCAAGUAAAUGACCUCAAUUCUUACAUUGAUCCUGGUGUCCUCCCUCGUGAUAUGUAAGCCUUUUCAGUUCCAGUAUAAAACCUAAACCUCUACUGUUUCCAUAAAUGUAAGUUUUUCCUAACAUAUGCUUAUUUUAAUAUGUUCUGCUGAAGAAAAUAAUAAAUCUCCCACAUAUUAACUCUACCUCAGUGCCUGUAAGGUAACUCAUAUUUUCCAUUUACCUUGGUUAUAACAGUGUCAGAUGGAUGUCUAUUUUCAUUAUGCAAAAAAGGAAUGCAAGACUUUAGUGCAGUACAUACUAUAGUCUCUGUGUAUCAGUAUUUCAAUUUUGGAAAGUAUGUUGAUCAGGAUAAAAAGCAAGCUAUUUUUUCACAUAUAAUAUAACAAUUUAAUAUUUCAUUUUAAGAAGACUUGUGAUAAAAAAAAAAAAAAUGGCCAGUACUGAGCUAUUGUGUUCAUUCAUAACAGGUAUUCUGGUUGUUACCUACUGACUAUAGCCUAGUCCAGACAGUUGAGUAACAGUGUAUCUGUACUGUCUAGAUACAAAUGCUCAACAACUGAGCAGCAUUCCGAAUUUGUUGUUCCACAGUUCAGCAACUAUUGAAAAAGUUGUGAAACUCAAUUUUAUCCAGCAACUGUUGUGAGAUACUCGAGAAACGCUGGUGCAAAUUUGUAUCUGAAUUAUUUCAGGUAGAUAUAGUGGCUGACAACAAAUUAGUUUAGAAUUAAUUACUUCUUGACAUUAUGUAUCACUUCUUCUCAAAAUACAAAAUACAAAGGCUUCUGAUGCCACUAAGGACUGUGAGUAAGUAUAGCUGAGUGAGUGGCACAUGUAAUUUCCUGUAUUCAGUCGCACACUACUUACAACAACCCCACACAUGAGAACAAAUCAGCAGACAACUGACCAUUGGCUGACAGAUGGUGAUGAGUUAUGUUACCCACAACUUUGUAUCACAUUUCCCAUAUCCAGCGUGAAACACAGUAACACGGAAAAUUGUGUCUCAGAACUCUUAAGCAAAAAUUUUGAAACAAAUUUGGAUUGUUUCUCAACUGGUGAGCAAUUAUUCAGAUACUUUAUUACAGGCCUGUUGCUCAACAAAUUAUCUUGAGCUGAAUGUGGGUAUGAAAUCAAGUAUCACAAUUGUUUUGCAACAGUUGCAAGACAUUUUUGGAUUUGUUGAGCAUCUGUUCAGAUAGUGUUAAGCAACAAUGUAUCUUGAUCUGGACUAGGCUUAUGAGUAAAAUCCAGAUUAAUCUUAAUAUAUCUUUAUAAAAAUAUAUCUAUAAAAGUUGGGCAUGAUAUUACCAAAAGAAUUCAGCCACCAUAAAUAAUUUCAACCCACUCUGGGAUGAUAUCCCAUCACAUUAUGUGCAGAUGAGCCUGCUCUAAACUAAAGUGUGUCCUAAACAUUUGUUUGCAUGUUUGGCCCUGGCUGGUCAUUGAGGCCUUCAAAAGCAGCCCAUAUAACUUUAUUCAACCCUUAUUAUCUAAAAUAAUUAUGCUACACCUAAGAGCAUAUAAAGCAAGGUAAAUUUAUGUUUCUGCACUUUUAAUUUUUCCCUCAAGAUGCUGACUCCAGUGUGUAGUUAGGUAUAGAGCUUCCAUUGUGAAUAGGUUAACAUCUUUACCGUCAUAUGUCAUGAAAUUCCCUCGUGGUGUCAUGAUGUUUACCAAUUGGCAGUUGUACUCCUCAAAUACUUUCUAUCUGACAGAUAAAAGUCUUUUGACACAGGUAGUACAUAUGGCAAUGCAUCAUUCUGAACAGUCUGUACAGUCACGGGAGUCACAUGUGGUCAUGAAAUCCUGUGAUUGUAUACCAUAGGAUAAUUUCACUGAAACUAGAUAAGAUGUUGUUCUUUUGUAGUUAUUCCUUUGCUUAAUAAUAAAAGAAUUUAUGGAUCAGUUUUCAAGGGUACUACUUUUAUAUGUAAUGCUAAGAUUAAGAGACUACUUUAUUUUCAUGUUAAGAUUUGAAGUACUUUUUUGAGUUAUAAUGACAUUGUAAAGAUUUUUUUUCUCUUUUUUUUGUUCUUCACAUUAAAAAGAAAUGUAAUUGAAUUUUAAAGGAUAUGAAGUUUGGUUGCCCAGAAAUACUUUGCUGUGAAUUAGUCUUUCAUUGUUAUAGUUUCGAGUAAAUUCAUAUUUACGCUUUCAUAUAAUUAAUUUGUGUCAUAUUUCGUACAUGUGUCAAGUUUGACAAGUUUGACAUGUACCAUUGGUGGUACAUAUGGCGGUUAAGGUGUUAAGGAAACUUUUUAUAAGUUAAGACAUUUGGGUGUAAUUACAGUAUUAAAUGGUGUCUUUUGUAAAUAGGUCAGUUAUUUUCUAGAGCAUCAUAACAAUUAAUCAUACUUUUCAAGAGGAAAGCUAAACAAUUCCCUAUUUGUAGUUUACCAACCAAAUAUUCAAUAUAUAAAAUACUAGUCUUGAGUAAAAAAAAGGUCAGUAAUGAACCUUUGUGUAUCAUAGGUAUCCUGCUUAUUACCAACAGACUAAUGGUAAAACCCAAGUUUAUCUUUAGAUGUAUAUUUUACAGAAUCAAAACAUGUAAUGAGGGACAAUGUAUACAUAAUAGUUCACUUGAGAUAGAUCACUUGUGGAAACUUUUUAGGGCAAAUAUUUAGGUGCAUUUAUUAUACCUUUCAGUUCUGUCUAGAGCCUAAUAACUUCUGAGCAUUCGGGCAGUUUCAAAUGAAUACCUUGUUUAAUUUGGGUAGUAUAGGUACACAGAUAUUUGGUAUGAAAUUUUAAGUCCACCAGUAGUGGUAUUUUUAUGUACAGAAUGCAUAAUUGGGUUUAAGGUC